AGUUAGCGCAUGUAAACCAUUUUCUGUAUAUUCUUUCCUAUCCGUGUUGUUGUUGUUUUCUGCGCUUCUUGCGAGAUUUUCUGCAGACAUUCCAUUUCCCAUGUUAUUUGCAUUUUUGCUCCCAAUUUCGUUUCUUAGUCAAAGUGUUGUAAAAGCUGUGCAAAAGGCCAACGACGAGACACCUUGAGAGAUAUAUUUAUCAUAAUCAUCAUGGAAGAGGGUGCAGAUAUCAAUGUUUUACGGUUUGUUCCGCUGAAAUCCUUUGUGCACUCAGAUUUUUGGUACAAGUUGACCGACAUUAAACUGCACAUCGACAAAUUGGAUGAUUCACCCAAACCAGCUUUUGCCACUAUACAACAAGCGGACAAUUCGAGACCAGUCGUGGAAGUCAAUUGCACGGCUUUUAACAAGGAACCACCACAUCAAGGUUUGUCAUACCCAAUUGUAGGGACACUUUUGAACAAAAACACAGUAGAAGAAUUCAAAACAGCUGACAAAAACCAACUUAUAAGAAAUAUAAGCCUGAAAUACUACAAAGAUCUGCUUUCCAAAGAUCGUAUUAACACGAGUUCAGAAGUGGCAUUUUUUCUUCUUUUUUCUUUUGCGGAUUUCAAAUCACACAAAUACUUGUAUUGGUUCGCAUUUCCCGUGGCUCGGGAUUUCAUUUUCAAUGCUCAGAAAACGGAAAAUAUACUGACAACAUUCAACGAAGAAACAAAAACUAACUUCGCAGAAAAUGUAAAACGUUUUUUGAAGCAAUCGCGAGAAAUUUUCUUCAUCUACGAUUCACUUAACAAUGUGAUUCGAACGUUAUCAGAGGUUGUACAGCAUCAAGAUAGAACGGACAAUUUAAAAACCGUUGAGCUUGAGACGACGUACUUCUGCUGUAUUGAUUUUUCAUCUGAGGAAAUCCCUAGCUGGCUGUUAAGACAGUUAUUGUGCUAUCUUACAAUUACAUGUAUCUCUCUGUCGGGUAAAAUCAUCAAAUGCAUCAAUGUACGAUCAGAAAUCGGUUCAAGUACAGUUUAUAGGAUAAAAAUGCCUAAUCAUGAGUCCAAUAUUGAACAAAUAAAUUGGAUUGGCUGGGAAACAAAUGACCAUGGCAAGUUUGCCCCCAGAUUGGCCGAUAUGUCCAAGGUAUUGGAUCCCAUGGUUUUGGCCGAAAAAUCCAUAAGCCUGAAUUUAACUCUGAUGAAAUGGAGGCUGUUGCCAGAUCUGGAUUUAGAUGUGAUUAGCAAAACCAAAUAUUUACUGCUCGGUGCUGGAACGUUAGGUUGUGGAGUGGCUCGAUCUUUGCUGGCCUGGGGAGCACAUCACAUCACUUUUGUUGACUAUGGCAAUGUGUCAUUAUCGAAUCCUGUGCGUCAAACUCUUUUCCUGUAUGAAGAUGCUGUUAAUGGCGGUAAACCCAAAGCAACGACGGCUGCAGAAAGACUUAAACAGAUUCAUCCCUGUGUGGUAUCAUCUGGUCAUUGUUUCAAAAUUCCUAUGCCUGGGCACACCGUUGGAGAUUCUCAGGUCGGAGAAACAUUAGACGCCCUGAACAACUUGAAAGAACUAAUUCAAGAACAUGAUGUGAUAUUCUUACUAAUGGAUUCUCGAGAAAGCCGAUGGCUCCCUACAAUGCUGACAAAUUACUAUGGAAAAAUGACGAUUAAUUCAGCUCUCGGUUUCGACUCAUUCCUGGUCAUGCGUCAUGGUUCUAGAACUAAGAUGGCUAGUGUUGAAUCUAACGAAAUUGAAGGCUUCAAAGAAGUUCAAGGAAGCAAUUUGGGUUGCUAUUUCUGUAACGACGUUGUUGCCCCAGGAAAUUCAAUGAAGGAUAGAACGCUCGAUCAACAGUGUACUGUAACACGGCCGGCAGUCUCGAAUAUGGCUUCUAGCUUGGCAGUUGAAAUGACCAUUGCGCUACUGCAGCAUAACCAAAGAGAUUCUGUAUCAGCUUACUAUCGAAUAAAUAAUUCAACAGAUAUUCACAAUAACAGUAUUCCUGAAGGCAUCCUCGGAAUGAUUCCACACUCCAUUCGGGGAAAUAUAAGCACCUAUGAGUAUUUGAUUACAGCCUCUACAAAAUUUUCUGAAUGCAUUGCUUGCUCCAAGCACGUUUUGGAUAAAUAUGAGGCAGGUGGCAAUGACUUCAUACUAAGUGUUUUGAACUCCUCCGAGGUGUUGGAGGAUGUAACUGGAAUUUCACAACUGAAAAGCGACAUCGAUCACGAAAUCGAUUUUGAUAGUGAUGAAGAUUAAAGUUUUAUUUUAUGAUGUGCUUUUAGGUAUGCAUGUUUAAAAAAUAAAACUGUUUUUGUAAAAGGUUA